AGCCCCGCCCCCAGCGUGCGAGGCGACGUUACGUGCCGCCCAUCAUCCUUUAUCGCCAUCUUGAUUACCUCGUGUUGGAGCGGAGUUGGACGGUAAAGAUCCACUAUGAAUCAAGAAAAACUAGCAAAACUUCAGGCUCAGGUCCGGAUAGGUGGUAAGGGAACAGCCCGUAGAAAGAAGAAGGUUGUACACAGAACAGCAACGGCAGAUGAUAAGAAACUUCAGAGCUCACUCAAGAAACUGGCAGUAAAUAACAUUGCUGGUAUUGAAGAGGUUAAUAUGAUUAAAGAAGAAGGCACAGUUAUCCACUUCAACAACCCCAAGGUUCAAGCUUCCCUUUCUGCCAACACAUUUGCAAUCACUGGUCAUGCAGAAGUCAAGCCGAUCACAGAAAUGCUCCCAGGUAUCCUAAGUCAGCUGGGAGCAGACAGCCUCACAAGUCUCCGCAAGCUAGCCGAACAGUUCCCCCGCCAGGUAUUGGACAGUAAGGCGCCUAAACCAGAGGACAUAGAAGAGGAGGAGGAUGAUGUCCCUGAACUUGUAGAGAAUUUUGAUGAAGCAUCAAAAAAUGAAGCAAAUUGAAAUACUUAUUGCAAACUUUUGGAAGAUGACAUGGACUUGAUUUUUAACCAAGCAGAAAAAAACCCGAAAAUCAGCUGUGUGGUUCCAAAGUUUUACCAUGAAACAUCACGUGUUAAUAGUUCCAUAAUAUAAAUAUUUUGUAUUUUAACGAUGCUACUGCGGCAUUUUUCUUGCUGUUUAUUUUUGCGUUUUGCACUUUCCUCCAAGAUUUGCCCCUUUUUGGAGAGACUAAAAAAAAAAAAGAAAAAAAACGCAACAUUAUGUUCGCUCUGCGGUGCCAUUCGGUGAGCAGAAAGCUCUAGUAACACUUUAUUUCUUGUCCUCCGUCUCCCUUCAGUAGUAAUAAAACACUUACUUCAA